AGCAGCGUCUUCUGCUCGCGGCCUCCCCUGCCACUGCAGAAAGCACAAACCACGUCAACAACUCGCCGGCCGAAUGUUCAACAAGGGAUGUCCGCGCCUUGCUGAGCAACAGUGAGCACGGGGCCCUUCUCCCCAGGGCCAACGCGAUGUGAACGUCGGCCCUCGACGCCGCGAACGAUGCAGACGAACAACGAGUGGGUGCAUCACUGGUGCAACAUGCGUUUUUUUGUCGAUUCCGUUGUGAGUGCUAACGCACGCACUGCAAAGCUGGCUACCCACGUUCGAUUCCCGUUCACGGCCAAAGCCGAUGAUGAUUCUCUGAACCGUUCCUGAGCCCCUACUAGGUCGACUCGGCCUCCAAUGUGAUACCUCGUGCGGCGUGUAAACAUCGCCACUGAGGAGACAAAGGCGGCCAGGCGGAGUGCUGUCCGCACUCGCUUGUGAUGCCGUGGUGGCCUUAGGUGCUACUCGCUAACAACAUUUGCCCCAAAAGACUGUUGAGGCUACACGGGGGGUCUUUGUCUUUGUAUGGGGGAUGCACAAUGAAGGUGCGCUGUAUGGAGAUGAUAAUGCUGCUUAUGAUGCAUUUGGGCUGGAAUGAAAUGAAGCAGCCAGAACAGCUAAGGCAGUAGAAAUGAUAAUACAAACGAGAUGAGAAACACGGAGAUAAGAAAAUAUAUAAUGCUUCAAUCAAAUUGCGCCUCCGAAUCUUCAUAAGUCGUACACACGCGUGCAGUAUGUGUAUGUACAGGGGAAUGUAGCGGGUAAUAUUUGUAGAAACAAGACGAAACAAGAAAAAUACGCAAGACAAAGCACACCGUGAAGAGACUUCCGUUUUGCGGACAUCGAUGAGUGACGUCGUGAAGGGUUCUAGUUCUGCUCGGUGUUUUAUGCUAUGAGAUUGUCAUUGUUGUCAACGGGAUAAUAUUCAAGAUCACUCGUUGAAUGGAGCAGGAUUAAUGCUCACGAGUGAGAAAAUUGUAUACUCCCAAGACUCAGCCCAUCACCACCCCCGAGUCGGUAAACUCACUCCAACUUUGUAAAAAGCCCCAAACUGAAUUUUCUCUGGAGGUGCCUCAUCCUGUACAGCCAGGGCCGCCCCUAGGGGCUGCGGGGCCCGGAGCAAAUCCCACCGUGCCCCCUUCCCCCCCGACUUCAGACUCAACCUGAAGUAUUACAUCUGACAAUGACGUUGAAGCGCGCCCCCCCCCCCAAACACAGGGCCCGGGGCGCUCGCCCCGAUUCGCCAUACCCUCGGGAUGACUCUGCGUACAGUCCAGUUCUUUUUGUCUCUCCACUGCUGGAUGAGAGGUUCCCCACGCGGUGCGCGUGGCGACGGGGAGUUAGUUGACCAUACUUCACCCGUACGUGACAUUACCGCCAAUGUCUCUGGACCACCAACAGAGAUGAGUUGAGCAGGGAGCCAAGGUCACUUGAAUCCUUUAGACGGCCCCGCUCUUGCCUCUCCUUCACCUCAACCACCGCCCUCCUCUCUCUCUCUCCUCCCGCACGCCGCAUGCUUUCCACACAUCUCCUUCCAAGCCCAGCACUCUCUGCCAAAGCCACAGGCAUCCUUAAUCGCAAGCAGACAUCAUCGCGGGCUGAUAUCUGCCGCCAGCUAGAGACGAUGGAGAAGCCGCCCUCCCCACGGCGCCCCCUCCCCCUCGCAUUGUUUAAAGUUCGGAGCCUCUCCAGCGGGCGGUGGCACAGGACGCCGCGACACGAACGAGGGGCGACUACGUCUGGCAGCCCCCCGCCCCCCCUAAUCGCGCCCCCCACGCCACUACUACCCCCCCCCCCACCAAAUACAAUCGCAUCAUGGAGCUUGUAGGGGCUGCUCCCCGCGGGACAGACGCUGCCGCUUGCCUCGUGUGACCCCCACCACCACCACCACCCAGCCAACUCGCGGCCCGAGUCGCCCCGUGCGUUCUGACAAUCACCAUCAUCACAUCAUCAUCACACCAUCAUCAUCACAUCGUCCCACCGUCCGUCGUAAGUCACCCUGCAGUGAUGACGAUCGCGCUGUCCGCGAUGCUGGCGGUCGCCGCCUGGGCCGCCGUGGGGCCCGCGGGCUCGGCCCGCAGAGGGGACGCGUGGCGCCACGACCUCCUGCAGGCGGACCACACCGAGCUGCGACUCUCCACCCUCGAGGACCGACUGGACAAGGUCUACCAGGAUGUGGACACGGUGGUGCGGCAGUACCGCGACUUCGAGGUGGAGAUUCUGUCUCGCCUCGAGAGGAUGUCCCACGAGGCCCAGCACGGCAACCACUGGUGGGACGGCAUGCAGGUCCGGCUGAGCGAGUUGGAGAAGGCGAUGGAGGGAAUGGACAAGAAGACAAACUGCGACGAUGUUUGCCGGUCACGUGCUCGGCCGGACGACGCCGGGAAGCCGACGUCACGGGGGAGCGGCAGCGGCUCUCCGGCGCCGCGCCAGGAGCAGAGGCUGCACCAGCAGAGUCCGGGGCAGGGGGGAAAAGUGCAGGGGGGCAGCGUCUCCCUGUCCGGCCUCACCAUCAAGCUCGGCUCACCCACCAAGGCCGAAGGAAAGUUUGCAAACACGACGCUCGUCGGACCGGCAGACGUUGCUAAGAGCUCUGCGACCCAGAAGCUGCGGUCGGGCCCAGGAUCGACGGGCAAGCAGCCCGCCACGGCCUCGUCGCCCGCCAUCCGCAUCCGCCUCGCCUACAAGCGGGACUCGGAGUGCAACGUGACGCUGGCGAGCGUCAAGUCGGUGAAGACGGUGAAGCGCUGGGGCUCGCCGCACGGCGCGUGGCUCAAGGACCCCGCGGUGGACGUCCACCGCCUCUUCCUGUUCGACGGCACCGAGGGCGGCACCGCCACCGCCUACGCCAGCACCAAGGCGUUCGCGGGCCUGCACCGGGGGGCCACCGCCACGCGGCCCGGCCAGCGGCGGCAGCAGGGGGAGGCGGAGGCCGCGACUGGGGAGCUGCUGCGCCUCCCGUCCGGUUGGCGCGGCACGGGCGCCGUCGUGUACGCCGGCUCGGUCUACUACCACCGGCGCGACAGCACCAACGAGAUCCUGCGCUACGACCUGGCCAAGAGUGCGGUGAUUGGCCGUGUUCUCGUGCGCGGAGCCGGGAGGGUCCCCGUGUACGAGCUCGCCCCCUUCACGGCCAUCGACCUCGCAGUGGACGAGCACGGGCUCUGGGCGCUGCACGCGGUGCCCGCGGAGAGCGAGGACGACGACGACACCCACACGGAUGGAGACGACGGCGGCGAUGAGCCGGAAGGUGGCGGAGACCUCGUGCUGUCCAAGCUGGACGCCAGCUCCCCGGCGGGCGGGCUGCGCGUGGAGGCCAGCUGGCGCACCCCGUGCCCCAGCCGCGGCGCCCAGGCCGCCUUCGUGGUGUGCGGGAGCCUGCACGUGGUGUACGCGGCGACGCGAGACCGCGGCGCUCCCUGGGUCGCCUGCGCCUUCGACCCGGAGGCGGCCACCACGGGAGGGGGCGGUGGAGUUGGCGACCGGGCGCACCUCGUGCCCUUCCCGGCGCCGACCGCCGGCGCCCCGCCGCUGUCCUCGCUGCACUACAACCGGCGCGAGCGGCAGCUCUACGCCUGGGCCGACGGCUACCAGGCGCUGUACAAGCUCGGCUUCGCCAAGAAGACGGGGCUGUGAGCGUGCGGCCUGCGGGGGGCGUGGAUGGCGCGACUGCUCGUGCAUCUGCGUGGACCGUGGGGCCCCGCACGAGGAGUCGGUAGCGUAGCCACGGAGUGUACAGGCGGUGCAGCUGCACCAGCGCCCACGGGCCGGCUGGAGACAAAGACGGGGGGGAAGGCAGGGACAGAGUGCUGGACUGGGGGGCCUCGUGUCUUUCCUUUCACCGUGCUCCCCCACCCCGAGUGCCAGCAAUCGCCUCGGCAAGGACUCUCCGUGCUGCGCGGUGUGAGAGGCGCCAAGUGAAACCUCGCAUCGCCCUGCGGCACCGCCAGCAGCUGUGCGAAUGUGAUGUUUAUUUUUAUCUCGUAACAUUUUUUAAAACUUUUGUAAUCUUAGGUUCCUUUUAUAUUUGUCCCCCGAUUUCAUCCAUCUCCGUUGCCAAUAAAACUCACGAGGAGCAGAAGAAGAAGAAUCUCUGCAGACCUCUCGCAGGGCGGUGUCCGAGUUACAGGGGAGAGGGGUGGGGUGCAGGGCCGGACUGCGAGGAGGGGGGGCACCCAGGGGCUGGCGCCCACGGGGCCAUUGGAGCUGCACGGUCUCCCCGCCCCGCGUCUCUCCACGCGACUCGCGCAGCCCUUGCCGCCCUCCUCCCCCACCCCCUCGUGCGUUCUUGUUCACAAUUCACCUCCCCCCCCCCCCCACAGCUGAAUUCAAAGCUGUGCGUUCACACUCUGUAUGCAAAUGUUGGGCUUUAUCCGCAUUAAAGGAUUCAUAAAAGAGAGAAGUGGUUAGCUCGCCGCACUCGGAAACCGGCAACCCGAAUUUGAUUCCCGGCCACGGCUCACAUCCGUGGCGUGUGCCAUCACACGCGCUCCAGCUCCUCCCUCACCCGUUCCCAACCCACACUGGCCCGUGUGGUGAAGUAUGGCCGACAUGGCGAGGUGGAUGGGGAGCGGCUGGGAUUUGUAUUUCGCCGUUCACCCCCCAUUCUGCCCCCUUCCUGCCACGCGUUGUUUAUUGUCGAUGCUUAUUCGUCUGGAUAUAUUUCGAGUGUACCGUCUUUGUAUCGGCCCCGUCUCCGUACAGCGACGAGGUUUUGAUUUCCUGCGAUUAAAGAUAGGGAAGCCUUUCA